GAUCAACGAAAACACAACAAUACAUACACAGCGGAAAGAGAGAAGAAAAUAUCUAUAAUUAUUCUUUUCUAAGACAAUGUUGCGCUUUAACCUUUAACUAGUUUGCCUUGGCUUAUAUAAUGUUUUUCAAGAGGCGACGUCUGUGGACUUUCUGUACAUUUGUUUAUUAUUAUUUAAUUGUUUCAGGAGCAGUUUCAUGGGAAAACCAAAAUGCAACAUCAAAAACGAAUAUACAACAAAUUCAUAGAGAACAUAAUGCAGAAAUUAGUAUAGAGAAACAAAUGGAAAAUGAAUUGAAUUCAGUUAGUGACCUGGACGAAGUCUGCAAGCGCGACCUAGAAAUUUACGCAAAUGCAUCAUCAUUAUUUAUGGAGUGUGUGGUACUUCACGCUAAACCCUUAAACUUUUGCGAAAGAUGUGUCGCCAAGUACGUGCUGGCUUCAGAAGCUUUCACUAAAAUUAAAAAUGAGCACAGGUGCAGUCGUCAUUUAUUGCGAUCUGAUUAUUUACAAGUGAUAAGCAAGACCAAUGAUUUCCUCAAAAACUUGUGGAAUGCUGGCAACUGUGAUAAUUGCUUUGAUACUGUUAAAUUCAACGACACUUACGCACUGAACGAGGAAACUAGACAAUUUUUCCAAUUCUACAAUCAAACGAAGGAAUGUUUCAACAAUUUUUCAAUGGUGAAUAUCACUCAGGCAAGCCACAGUAAUGAUUCGUUAAGUCCUUUGUGUAUCAAAUGUAAGGAGCUUUACAGAAAAAUGUACAUUCAAUACACAGACCUGGGUAGUCCAAGCUAUUUGUGUGUUGAUGUGUUAGAAAAGAUGAAUGUUACACUGAAAAUUUGGAGCCACGAUUACCACUGUAAUCUUCAUGAUAAGAAUAAAGAAGCAGUGAUUGCUAUUUCGCUGUUCGUUUGUUUGCUACCAAUUAUGUUCUACCUCCUUGCCAAAUGGAAUGGUGUGAAGCAAUAUAAGCAGUCUCUAUAUAGAUGAUUUGGAUUUUGUGUAAUGUCAACUAAAACUACAUCAGAAGAAAUUAAAUCUCUCGUAUGGAAAUGAUAAAUUCCUGAAAUUCAAUCUUUUCCGUGAGCACCAUUUAUUCCUUUCUAAAGGCUUGUUCAUUUAAAAUUUGGUGCAUUAAAUAUAAAUUGUAUGUACUUACAUUUUUUUCUUUAUGUAUAUAUCAUUUAUAUCACUGUAUUUAGUUUUUGUUGACCCCUUCUAAAACAAGCCUACCAGCUUAAAGGGUUAUCCUACGUUAUCCAUUAAUGUCUUAUUGUCAGUGUUUUGAAAUGAUUUAUUUUGUUUUUAUAAAUAAAAUGUAAAUUUUUUUUGUAUUGAUAUGAGAAAAAAAAAACAGGAAACUGAUGGUACUUUUUUACAUCAAUUAUAAAAAGUAUUGUAUAAGAAAUUCAGUUACCUAUUUAAUAGUCAGCAGAAGUGUUUUUGGCAGGACCAAAGGCCCUCUCUCAAAGCAUAUGGCCCCAACCUGUCUUUCUGGGACCAGAAAACCACUCCCACUCCCUUGGCCAUAAACCUGAAUCUGCCAGAGAUAAAUUGCUCGAGCUCUAAUCAGCUGAUGGGACCUUUCUGCUAAACCCUGCCUGUGGAUAUUAUUGCCCAGGUAAGACAUACGCAUGUUCCUGACCUUGUUUUCAUUGGUCAGUUGUAUUGACCUGUCAAUUAUGGCUAUCAAAUCAUGGAGAAUAAUUCAUACAUAAGCCUACAAUUUGAUAAAUUAUAAUUAAAGAAUAUCCAAUUUU